AUGUUGUCGGCUCCCGUUAAAUCGGCGAAGCGCAUCUCCUCUCUUUUCUCCCUGGGCUCCCACAAGGAACAGAACGCCCCGGGCUCUCCUGCACCAUCACCCGGCAUCAACUCGCCCAACGACUUCUCGCAGGAUCGACGCCGUCGGAGCAGCUCCCGCCCAACUCGCCAUGUCUCGACCCCAAACACCUUGUAUUCCUCGGCCGAACCCAGGACCGUCCCACCUCCAGAAGCCUUCGAUCUUCCACCGCCGCCUUCGCUGCUCUCUGUGAACCAUGAUCUCGCCAGCAGUGCCCCCAGUUCGCCCGUCGAUCGCCCGCGAAGCCGCGGUCGCGAGAUGAGCCGACCGACCAGUUCCGCCGGCCUAGCCAUCCCCGGAUCCGCACCAGAUUCUCGCCCCAGCACCCCAUCAAAACGCCGCAGCUGGAUGCCCGGUAUGGCCGCGCGGUCGCGAGCAAGUUCGAUGGAUAAGCGAGUGCCCCCGCCGAUGCUGCCAGGAGCCUGGAUCGCGGGGCUGGAUCAGAAGGUCGUUUAUGACCUCGGUCCGCUCUCAAGAGGUGAACAGAUCCCGGAGUUGUGGAACGAACAAGGCGAUACUUUCGUGUACUUGUUCCCUCAGAACACCGGCCGCCCGCCGUCGUUCAAGAUCGAUUCAACCAUCUUCGCAGAAUCUCCGUCUUUGAACCACCUCUGCCGUGGCAAUGACGCCAAAACCACUGGUCUCGAGCAACCCACCCGUUCGCUCUCCCUUGGCAACCCGAUAUCGCCCCCGCUGACACCGCAGGACCGGUUGGCGGAGAAUGACAACGAUAGCUCGGGCAGCCAGCGCAUGGCGUUCAUGGACGAUGCUCCGGAUGAUGUCCCGGAGCUGCACCUUUACCUCCCCAUCCCGCUGAACAGUGACGUGUCGAGCACUUCUUCCCGCGUUUCCCAAGAGGACACCGAGACCCUACUUCUCUUCCGCAACCUGUUCGCCUUUUUGCUGGGACAGUCGCUUAUUGCGACCCCGAAAUCUGCCACACUGUUCAGUAUCUUCAUGGAUGUGGCAGUUCUUCUCGCCCGCUUCGAGUUCACCAACCUCGACGGAUCCAACUUCGGUGAAACGGCGACCUCAAGCUUUAGUAACUACUGCGACGAACUACGUCUGGCCGACGUCCGCAAGAGUCGCGAAAAGACCAUCGAGGCAAUCGUUCUCGGUGAACGAUUGCGGUACUACCCUCUCUACGUGGAGGGCUUUGUUCACGGCGUUGGAAAGCUCGACGAGAUUAAACAGCUCCGGAGCCCCAAAUUCACCUUUAUCCACCCUAUCACUCAGAAGCGCCUGGAGCGUGGUUUCAUCGAUCUGGACUCGCGUCUGCGAGGCCUCUACAGCAAGCUCGAGGACUUCGAUUUCCCCUCCGUCUUCUCUGGUUUUGCUAACUCGACCACCUCUGCGGAGAGCAAGAUCGUGCGCUUCAAAACCUGGAAGGCCGCUUUCCUCGAGUUCCGCCGUUUCACCAUGAGCUUCUAUCGCACCAAAUACGGAUCCUGGCCGCCCAAGGCCCGUUCUAAGAAGAACGAGUUCGAAGAGAGUGGUCUCAACCGCCAACUUCUCCUCGACCUGUACCAGGACUUCUGCGAUCUCUACGAUAUGCUGGUUGACCGCACAAACCUCACCACUCGCACGAUCGAUUCCUCCGGCGCUGGUGGCGAUUCCAAGUCUACAAACCCCAAGGAUGUGACCGUACGUGCCGUUCGCCAAGUGCUCAGCGAAUACGACCGCAGCACACCGCCCGUGCUGCCGCCUAUCCCAUUCGAUAUUCCCCAGAUGCCCAGCAUCCAACCCUUGCACCGCAAGCCCCUGGACGCGAAGAAGGAGGCCAAGCAGCGUGGCAAGAAGCUCAAGAACUCGGAUAUCAACGCGGUCUUGAUGGGCUCUUAUACCCGAGAGAGCAUCCGCAGCACCCAAUUUAUUGAGGAGUUCAUGAAGUUUGAGCGCCGCUGCGCCAACGGCAAAAGCGUGGACGAUCUGACUGAUAUGCGCUGUGGCCAGUGGAUUUUCCUCUACUGUGUUAUUCAAUCUCUGCCCAUGUUGACGGUCGAUGUUCCCGAUGUCACCUACACCCAGGGCGUGGAGUACUUCCUGUGCAUUGCCCCUCGUGGUGGUGCACCCUGGAUCCAGAACGACACCAAGACCGCCCGCAGCUGGUUCGGUGUUGCUGGUGGUGCCGGUGUCGUUAGUCUUCCCUCGGAUGUUGUGAUCAACGGUGUAGAAGGUGUCUACCGCCGCAGUCACUGCUGGCAAUUGGCCGAGCAGUGGGCUGAAGCGGGCGCUCUCAUCGAGCCACCCAUCGUCGACGAUGCUUUUGGCUACGAAGAGAACGAGUCGUCCAUCUCCUCUCCUUAUCAAGCCCAGCAGUCCUCGGCCGGUUCCUCGUCCGACCCACAGCCUCCUCCCUCCCUUAUGGGAGCGCCUGGUGGUCUGACUCCUCCGCCUCCCGCUAUCCCACGCACCCGAUCCCCGGGUGCUGCGAACCGGGCCGAGCAUCGCCAUUCCAUCUAUCCCGGCCUCGAAGCCCUGCCGCUGCCCGCCGGCAUUGCGCCCAUUGAGCCCCCUGCUCGCCCCAUCAGUCGCUUCAACCCCAACAUGAGCUUUGACGACAUCCUGCGAGAAGUCCCUAACAAGGACAAGAAGAAGCGCUAG